AUUGAGUUCGCAACGUCCGCUGUCCACUGCGUGUCGACUGGCCUCGACUCACUCACGCACGCAGUCUCGUCAUCGUCAUACCUCAUCUCCCGACCGCCCGCAAAAGAAUUGAUCAUCACCAGGGCAGGAAACACCAUCACCACGAUGCAGCUAAUCCCCUCUCGAUUUGCGCUUCACGCGCUGCGAUCCCUCACUCGACCAUCGACAUCAAAAAUCCCUCUCACAGCUGUCCGUUCGAGUCUGUUGGGACGCACCGGCACUCUUACCACACCAGUCCUCUCAUCAGCAGCAUCAUCACGCUCCUUCUCCAGCUCUCCCACCUUCCACACCACACUCAACCAAGUCAGAGUGCACGGGCGCAAACCCAAGAAAGCUCGACGACUUAAAUCGCCCGCCAUGAGGAACCGACCGGCCAUGAAAGGCGUGUGUCUCAAGAUCGGUAUCACCAAACCCAAGAAACCCAAUUCUGGUCAGCGUAAGACGGCAAAGGUCCGUCUUUCGUCGGGCCGGAUCGUCAGUGCAUAUAUUCCAGGUCAAGGUCAUAAUGUCAUGCAACAUAAUGUGGUUUUGGUCAGGGGUGGCAGAGCGCAGGAUUGUCCUGGUGUGGGUUAUCAUAUUGUGAGAGGGUCGAUGGAUUGUGGUGGUGUCGCUGGUCGUAUUAGGGCUCGAUCGAAGUAUGGAACUAAGAAGCCCAAGGUUGAAUGAAAAAAAGCCUGAAGACGGCAAAUGUCCUUCAAGACCAACUCCCGCAAAGGUCGCCUACCUUUCCCACAAUGACAAUAUAUCAAACUGAGAGAAUAGCCGACACGCUCAUAUGAAUGGGGACCUGAUUCUCGACGACAGGCUCCGACUCAUUGAUCGCAUGGACCCGAAAAUUGGACGGAACAUGUUGAGAAGAUAGAUGUUGAAAGCAGACUAUGCAGCUGUUUGUUUGUACAAAUAUUGUCGUAGCUUAAAUCUAAGCUGUCGAGCGUUCUAUGCUCGCUUCCUCGAACCCAACCAAACAUUUCGAGAUAAAAUGC